AAACCAUUCAGAAUUAAUCAGACAAUGUCCAGGAGGGUGACUCCUAGUGACGUACGUACCUACUGACAAUCUAAACAAUAUAAAUGUCAGGUCAGUAGGUGACCCAAUCCCUAGCCAAUCAUCGCACCAUGAAGUUACUCUCACUCUUGCUCAGUAUUACCGCAGCUCUUGCUGAACCUGUUAUUACCAAACGCUCAGAUCCUCUGGGCAUCGACGUUUCCAGUCAUCAGGGCACCGUUGACUGGAGUUCUUGGAAGUCUAAGGGCGUCACCUUUGCCUACAUCAAAGCGACCGAGGGAACCACGUACACGAAUCCUGAUUUCAGCUCUCAAUACACUGGUGCCACCAAUACUGGUCUUAUCCGCGGUGGUUAUCACUUUGCUCACCCGGACUCGUCAACUGGUGCUACGCAAGCCUCGUAUUUCUUGAAGCAUGGUGGCGGGUGGUCUCCUGACGGCAUCACCCUCCCUGGGGCGCUUGACAUUGAGUACAAUCCGAGUGGCUCCGAGUGCUAUGGCUUGAGUGCGUCAUCAAUGGUGUCUUGGAUUAAGAGCUUCUCCAACCAGUACCACUCUUCGACCACCAGGUAUCCAGUAAUUUACACUACUACGGACUGGUGGAAAUCUUGCACUGGUAAUUCUGCAAGCUUUGCGUCGACCAACCCCCUUUGGAUCGCUCACCCUGGCUCUUCCAUUGGUACUCUUCCCGCCGGAUGGUCGUACACCACCUUUUGGCAGUACGGCACAUCGGAUAGCACUGACGUCGACAAGUUCAAUGGCGACUCCGCUGGUUUAAAGAGAAUGGCUUUGGGAAGCUGAAGGGCUCCUCGCAGACUUGAGAGCUUGCUAUAAGUUAGGUUUUACUAUUAUUUAUAGGUGUGAAUAGUCAAUGCGUCACUUAUGUUUGAUUUGUGCCAAUGAUACCGUUUUUUUGCUGAGGUGUCUCGAGCAUUUCUGAGCUUAUAGAUAUAAC